AUGUCUCCACAGGGUGAGCGCGCACCGUUGCUACAACAGAGAUGGAGCGAGGAAGGCGAGCCGCGGACCCAUCUUCGCAUCGAAGAUCUUUCGAACGAGGAAAACCCACGAGAAUGGGUGCGCUGGCGGAAGAUGGCCAACGUGGCUGUGAUAGCCCUCAUGUCCAUUCUCAGCCCUCUCGUAUCCUCCAUGUUCACGCCUGGCAUCGCGCAAAUCGCCGACGACCUCGACUGUAGUCCAUUAUUCGGCGGCAUCAUCGUACAGCGUUUGGGCUGGCGCUGGAUUUUCUGGAUAAUGACCAUUGUGUGCUUCGUCAAUACCUUGGCCGGUUACUUCUUCCUCCGAGAGACAUAUGCGCCGUUGAUCCUGAGUUCCAAGAAGGCGGAGUUUGAGUCCCAGAGCUCCGAGUUUGAUGGCACAAAGUACUCGUACGAAGGUGAAGAUACAAGGCCACUGAAGGAAAAGCUUGCGCAAGCUCUCAAACGCCCACCGAAGAUUUUUGCUCAGCCCAUCGUUGCGGUCAUGGCUGUAUACCAAGCGCUCAUCUUUGGUACAACCUACAGUAUCUACACGAACAUGCAACCCAUAUACCAGGACGAUUACGGUUUUUCAACCGAGAAAGUUGGACUGUUAUAUCUGGGCCCUGGAUUGGGUUUUCUUUUCGCAGUCUGGUUCCUGGUUCCACGAAUCGAUACCGUGUACAAGACUCUUACGGCGAAGAACCACGAAAAGGCACGACCCGAGUUUCGCCUUCCACUGGCGAACAUUGGCUCUGUCUUCAUUCCCGUGUCGCUCUUUUGGUUUGCUUGGGCUGUAGAGAAGCACACGCACUGGUUUGCGUCCAUAUCAGCGACUUUUUUCUACGGCAUUGGACAAGUCAUGAUCCUAAAUAGCACGCAGAAUUACUUCAUCGACAGCUUUGAGAAAUACGCGGCUAGUGCAAUCGCUGCUGGUACCGUGUUUCGCAGCGUCGUUGGUGGUAUCAUCCCAAUCUUUGCGCCGAUGCUGUUUGAGAAGAUAGGAUAUGGUUGGGGCAUCAGCACGUUUGCGUUUGUAAGCUUGGUUCUUGCGCCUGCUCCAGUUUUGUUCUUUAUUUUCGGCGAGAGACUCCGGGAACGGUUCCCGGUCGAUUUGUAA